AAAGAUGGCCGCCUCCGCUGUACGCAGUGAGGGAUCCGAACUUUCGAAAGCGGAAUACUUAAAACGGUAUUUAACUACUGAUGAAGAUGCAAAGAAAUCCAAAGGGAAGCUUAAAAAGAAACGAAAUAAGGUCCCAGGGAGAGGACUGAAAAUAGUAGACGACGAUAUAGACUGGAAACAGAUGGUGGCAGAGGAGCAGGAGGAUGAAGAGGACGAAGAGGAGGCUCCAGUGGUUGCUGAGAUGGUUGAUGAUCGACCAGAUGAGGUCAAACAGCUGGAAGCCUUCAGAACCGGCAAUAGAUGGAAAGUGAUUGGAGCUGAUGAAGAUAACGACUCAAGCAGGAGUCAACAUGAUUCUCCAGACGCAUCUCCAACCAGAAGAGAUCGCCACGACUCUCCGGACAAAUCGCCUCCCGGGCAAGGUCGCCACGACUCUCCGGACAAAUCUCCUCCCAGGAGAGAUCGCCAUGACUCGCCAGACUUGUCGCCUUCACGUCAACACUCAAAGAAAUCCGGGAAGGUACAAAGUAAAGAUUCUUCCCCCACUGGAAGACAGCCGAGUAAAAAACGCUCACCUGAUCCCCGUGGCUCACCACUGACAAAGAGGGAUCAGAACAGGCAUGAUUCAGACUCUAAUCAGUCUCCUCCCAGGAAAAAGCCAGUUAAGGAGGAAGCUACAGACCUCGACCAAUCUCCUCCAAGGAGGCGCUCAAAAAGAAAACAAGAACCUGAUACUGAUCAGUCUCCACCCAGGAGGCGUCCAAAGAGUGGAAGGGACUCAGAUGAAGAUCUGUCACCUCCUCGUAGGCCUGGCCAGUCACAGGCAGGUCUGCUUUCUAUAGAUGUUUUAAGGAAAGAGAAGGAAGAAAAGCGCCACAGAGACGAAAUUCCCCAGCCGCUUGAAGAUGAAUCACGUAAUGCCCGGACCGUGUUCCGAGACAAGGGAGGUAAAAGGAGAGAUCUGGAGUCGGAGAGAGAAGAACACAAGAGGAAAGCCGGAGAAAAAGCAGCAAAGGAUGAGAAAUACGCCCAGUGGGGGAGAGGGUUGGCCCAGGGCCAGAUGCAUCAGCAGAAACUUGAGGAUGCAUUGCAUGAAUCCGAGAAGCCGCUGGCACGUCACUCCGAUGACAAGGACCUUGAUCGUAUGUUGAGAGAGCAGGAGAGGGAUGGCGAUCCGAUGGCUGCGAUGCUUAGACGGAAAAAAGUUCGGAGCUCAAAUAUGCCAGCAAAACCUCAGUAUAAAGGACCACCACCACCUCCAAACCGAUUCAAUCUUCUACCAGGAUAUCGCUGGGAUGGAGUUGACAGGUCAUCUGGUUUUGAGAAGAAACGCUACUCGAGGAUGUCAGAUAAAAAAGCUAUGCAGGACGCGGCUUAUAAAUGGAGCGUGGAGGACAUGUAAUGGAAAUCUGAAGCUGUUGAAUUAGAAAAUGUUGACACAGAAAAUCUGUGCUAGUGAAAAGUUGUUAUUUUUUCAGCUACAGACUGAUAAAAUACACACUUUAUUGUAUAUAGCAGAGGGGUGACGGUAUCUUUAUGACUUCGUAAGAACUGAUUCAAUGUGGAGGAAAAAGAGAUGUUUUCACAGCUUUAUUAAAAAUAGUUUUUUGUAAA